AUGUCGUCUCCGCCUACGACCAUACCUCUUCAACUCGAUGCACAAUAUGACGAAAUGAUGCCUGGGCCACAAGUCGAGGAAGGGGAGAUGUGCUGCGGAAAUAGAGACGGGGUAGACGACAGAGCUGAAUCUUUGGAGUCUAUGUCAAGCACUUCUCCACUGAAAGCUGAUGUGUGCCUUGGGCAUUCAAUCCAACUUCCAGUUGAAUUAUGGGUGACAGUGAUUGACUAUCUGGCGGAUGAAUGGGUGGAUGUCUUUUUGUUUGAUCAGACAUAUGAAUCCAGACUACGAGAACUAGGAAAGGUGUGUCGGGGGUGGCAUGCCCGAUGCCUCUUUCGUACCUGGGAGAGGCUUGUUGUGGAGAAGCCCAUAGAAAAGGAGGAGGCCUAUCGUCUGAUCAACACACUGAACCAGAACCCCGAGCGCUGCUAUACCAUCAAGACGGUCUCAUUCAAAUUUCAGAAGAAGUCAAUGAGCAUCUUUGGGAUGUUUGCUAUUUGCAUGGCGCGGAAACUACCUAGGACCGAGCGUCUCGCAUUCUGGCGCUGUGAUUGGGACACUGGACAACUGCACGCGCAGGUCUUCAUCCACAUCACUCUCGCAUUCGAAUCGGUCACUGUGCUCGAGCUCAAGUAUGUGCGAUUCCCUUCCGCGGUGGUAUUUGGGCGGCUCAUGCGUGCGCUUCCGCGCCUGUCGUCCCUCAAAUGCUGGGAUGUGUCCUUUGACAAGCAUAGCGAUGCUGCGGGCCGAAUCUGGGAAUUGCACCCUCUCCGACUCGACGAUGCCGAAUUGUGGGAUAGCGAUGACGUCGCGAACUUCCUCGUGUUGAUCGGUGCACAACUACGCCACCUCUCCUGGCGUAGUCUAAGCUCAGACAUGUGCUUGAAGCUGCUCGCUGUGACCGCAGAAUCGCUCUCGUCCAUACAUCUUGAGCUAGCAUAUUUUACCGCCAGGAAACGAUUUCCCCCGAACUUUGUGAUCGAUCUUACGCUAGCUGUCAACCUGCGUGUCCUUUCAAUCGUCUCCAACCUCGACGACUUCGACAGAGUGGCAAGAAUUCUGUGUCGCGCGUUCCUUCCCAAAAUGACCGAGCUUACCAUCGUUUCAAUCCACCAUUAUACCGGGACAUUCCACUUGUCGAUUAUCCAGGACAAGCUGGAUGCAGUUGACAAAGACUCCUAUGCAUUUCUUGACCAGGCCUUCUCCAGUCGUCAGUAUCCCACCUUGAAAAAGGUCACUUUCAACCUGCGCUGUGAGAUUUGGCGCAGCGAACUGAUGGGGACGAUAUCCGAGGUGUCCUGGGGGAGUCACCUCUCAUCACGUCUCCCUGCUCUACACACCAGUGGACGACUCGUGCCCUAUGUGUCUGUUCGAAUGGAGGAACACACGUAA